AUGGCUCUCCCCGUCGUGUCCCUGGGCGCAGGCAGCGGCAGCGGCAGCGGCAGCUGGGGCUGGAGGCGGCGCACGCUGCUGGCGGCGGCGGUGCUGGCGACUGCCGCGCUCCUGGCGGCGGCGCAAGACGCAGAUCCUGGGUACCCCACGUACCACGAGGUGCCUGCGGGCCUGGCGUUCACCUGCCAGGACAAGAAGCCCGGGUACUACGCGGACCCCGACACGCGCUGCCAGGUGUGGCACUGGUGCCUUCCCUCGGGAAGCAAAUUCUCUUUCCUGUGCCCCAACGGUACAGUCUUCAACCAAGCAGUCCGCGUUUGUGACUGGGCUCACAACGUUGACUGCGCGCAGGCGCCUCAACAAUACUCCGUUAACGAUGAUCUUUACCGCGACAAGGACGGCAACUACAUCUAGCGGUCACGAAAAGAAUUACCACCGCUGCCGCUAGUCUGACUGCCCCUGGUGGCGUAACAGCAAAGCAGCAGGCGUGCUGAGGAGCCGUGCCUUGGAAGCGGCCUUGCGGAGCGGUGGGAAGGGUUAUCCAACUUGUCCUCAGCCUCCUCAUAAAAUUAUCAUUCCUCCUUCAUUUUAUUAUUGCAAUGGCAAACUGUGUGUGCUUCGGUGUGCGCCGUCAUUCCGAAGAGAAUUUUACAAGCGAAGGAAAAUGCCAAGCUCUGCAGCGGCGGCAACGCCACACAUGCGAAAGCUAAGCGUCAGCUUUUGCUGGAAGAGUUCGAAGCCAAACGAAGCGCUCUUUGAAAUACGCUUCCAAUUUGGACCGCAAUAGAAAAGGGCACCAACAUAUGUCAAAUACUAAUAAAACACUCUUUGUAAAUAUUUAUCCUUGAUUUCACUUCGUAUGUGAAUGUGUUCAUUUCAUCUUCAGGUAGAAGUAGUUAAAGUAAAGACAGUUAUUAUGAACAGAAAUAGUAUAUAUUUCGAAAUUACUACGACAAAAAGAACACAAAGGAUUAUCAUUGAUCAGAAUUCAUUUUUUGCAUUUACGUUACAUUAAAUACAAGUUACAUGUUUUGUAUCCAUUUUUUGCUUACUUGAGGUAGAUGAACAGAGUAACAAGGCGAUCCAGAUUGAUCGAUGGACUUUUCUGCAACUGAAGUGAGAAUGCAUUAUUUAACCACAUACUGUGCACAUUAGCCACAAAUAUUUAUUUUAACCUAAUCACCAGUGUGUUUUGUAUGUAACACUGUAUGUGUGCGACUUACAUGUAGAUUGUAA